AUGUACUUCUUCUUCGUGUGGACUGUGGCUUUCGUCUUUCCAUCAUCCUCAAUUUCUAACCCCAAGAGUUUCGCGUCAUCAAUGAUCCCAGGAAUCUGCCGCAACCCCGCCAGAUCAUGGAAUCCAUCACCUCUUCCAAACCACGCGGAAUUCACCCCAGAUUGGACUGCAAAGACAACCAUAAUUCCGAUAUGUUGCCACGCUUCUUCUAACGAUCAGCAGUCUUCUUCACCCGGCAGAAUCAGACGUCUGGUACUAACUCCCGAAGGCAGAACCAAACUCAACCCCAAACCCGACCGCGAUUUCUAUGCCUACCCACGUUUCGUAACUCAUGUGGAUAAUUAUUUCAUCUCCACCUUGACCAAUCUUUACAGGGAAAAGUUGAGGCCCGAAAUGGAGAUUCUUGAUCUCAUGAGUUCAUGGGUUAGCCAUUUACCCCCAGAAGUCAAGUACAAGAAGGUAGUCGGCCACGGGCUCAAUGCUCAAGAGCUUGCCAGGAACCCCAAGCUGGAUCAUUUCUUCGUCAAGGACCUUAAUCAGGACCAGGAGUUUCAAUUCGAGGAUUGCAGUUUCGAUGCUGUGAUAUGCACAGUCAGCGUCCAGUAUCUGCAGCAGCCAGAGAAGAUCUUUGCAGAGGUGUUUAGGGUUCUCCGCCCAGGAGGUGUUUUCAUUGUUAGCUUCAGCAACAGGCUAUUCUAUGAGAAGGCUAUUACUGCCUGGAGAGAUGGGACUGACUACAGUCGAGUUCAACUCGUUAAGCAAUAUUUCCAGUGCGUGGAAGGAUUCACAGAGCCUGAAGUUAUCCGCAAGUUACAGGCAGCUGAUGAGACUUUAACAGGGAAGGGGAAGGAAUCGAAAUCGCCUUUCAGUUGGAUCUUGAACUUGGUGGGAUCCUUUUCACCGUCAGAUCCCUUCUAUGCAGUUUUAGCUUACAGGAAUUUCAAGCCAGUAUAUGAAUGA